AAUAGAUGGACAACACACUACGGUGACCAUAGGAACAGUGAUAUUAUAUCGAAUAAGUGCAAGUUUUUUUUUAUCCUUUUGCCUUUUGAUUAUAUUUCGAGUUCCCCCUAUGGGUAGUGACAUUUUUGACUCCGCUCUCAGUAGAUAUGCAGGUGUACCUAAUAUUGUGACCGGUGACACAUAAAGGCUUAAAACAACCUACUACUGGAAUAAAAACAAUAUUGCUAAAAAUACCUUAUGAACUUGACUUUGGCUAUACAAUGUGACGGUCCACUUGUGUGGGUGUUUAUGACAUAAUUGCUGACCAGAUGUUGGGCGGGAGUGUUCUCCGAAAGGAGGAAGUAGAGUGGGCUCUGAAACGGGCAGCUCAAAGCUGCCAAACUACAUCGUUGUCAAAACUGGACCAGAAGUCGGCAGGAAUAAGAGCUGCAAUGACGUAUAAACACAACGUGGAGCUGCACGACUGACGCUAGCAGUGUGCUUUUGAAGAGGCUGACGCAAAGGGCUGUCCGAAUUCUAUCAGGCUCCUUCAAAUGCGGCCCACAAAUGUGUCCUUCUCUACUGGAUCGCAGUAUGCAUUCGGACCAUCCUUCACCUCCUGCGAGAGUAAUAUUUCAACAUCGACGUGCAAAACAGGGAGAAGCAACCAUGUCAUCUCUUCAAAUGAGUUGGCCGGUGCCGAUGCGAGCCAUUGGAGCGCAGAAUCUCCUCACUAUGCCUGGAGGAGUUGCCAUUGCAGGGUACCUCCACAAGAAGGGAGGCAGCCAGUUUAGCCUUUUGAGAUGGCCACUGAGGUACAUUAUCAUCCACAAAGGUUGUGUGUACUAUUUCAGGAGUAGUACUUCUCCUGCACCACAGGGGGCGUUUUCUCUGAAUGGGUACAACAGAGUGAUGAGAGCAGCAGAGGAGACAACAUCCAACAAUGUUUUCCCAUUCAAGAUCAUCCACAUCAGUAAGAAACACAGGACGUGGCUUUUCUCCGCAGCGAGCGAAGAUGAGAGAAGGAGUUGGAUGCGAUCCCUGCGGUGCGAGAUAAGUCGUUACAAUGACAGACAAGAGUCCCAUGUUCCAAGCGACUCAGAUUCCGAUGCAGACAGUUUCUACGGGACGAUAGAGAGGCCCUUGGAGAUUAAAGACCCAAUCAAUAAUGCGGAGAACGGUAAGACUGGGCUUGAAUACAUGAAUAAGAAAAUGUAUUUCAUUUUCCUAUCUUCUCUGCAUGUAGAUUUUUGUGACGAUGAUGACGAUGAAGACGACGAGGACUACGUGAAGCCGGACAGUGAGUGUUUGCCGACAUGCUCAGGCAGACCCACUGGACCGCCACCUACCUACCCGCCUCCCCCCGUGCCCAUGGUGUCCCAGCGCCACCAAGGCUUCUGUCCAAGCAACCGUAAAGGCAGGCCACCUCCAGUUCCGUCACACAGCAGAAUCCCAACAAGACAAAAAAACCUUCCCUUGAAGCCCCCUCCCAUUCUUAAAGAUACAAACAAAGGUCCGCCACCUCCUCCCCCCUUUGUCCGCCAACUGCACAAGCCAUUCUCUGAUAUCCCGCCGCCCCUUCCUCCCCCCAACAUACAGCAGCGACCUCUUAGAAGCAUGGCACAGUCAGUGGUUGGGACUGAGACUAAUAGAAGCGGCUGGAGGUCUCUACCUCUCCCGUCCCCAACCACCCUGCCCAUCUGUGAACGACUGCAGACCAGGAUGGUCCUCGAUGGUUCAGACCACUGCCCUCCUAAUAUUGGGGCCAACCGGUCUCUUAGCGACAACCACCUCGGAGCACCUGUGAGCAACCUUCACAGCAAACCAAGCCUAUCUGGAACAAACGCUACAGUUUCUGAAGGCCGAAUGCCCAAACCUCACAAGCCAUACCCUCAGGCAUCUUCCAGUCACCCACCGCUGCCCUGUAAACCGCCUCAAGCGCCUCAUCUUCAAACUGGACUGAGUAUGCCUAAAGUUCCACCAGCAGUCAAGCCUCCACUGCCAGUCACCAGACCCAGACUGUCAGGCGCCCCCCUUCAAAGAGCAUCUCCAGAAGGUCAAAGCUUCCGUUCAUCCAGAGAUGAGACAGAUGUGGCAAUCAAGAAGAAACAAGACUUGACCAAAUGCAAAGAAGGAGACGUUUCGGACGACGAUUAUGAUAAUGUGCUUCUGCCAGACUCUGUGUACAUUGACACAACGGAAACAAGCAUUGUAGAGAAGUUAUUCAAGGAGUGCUCCAACCUUCCACAAGAUGGCCUUUAUGGAAUCAGAAACUCAGGAACCAAAACCUCAAAGGUGCUGGUGGUGUGGGAUGUGGCCAUAAGCAAAGCCAGAAACUACCGUUUGUUUGAAGAGGCUGACCGGGUGUAUCUGGACUCGGAUGUAACCUUUCCCAGUCUGUCAUCUAUGGUGGAACACUACUACAACCAUCCUCUGCCUCACCAUGGCUCCCUUUGCCUGCAGAGACCAUACUCGUGAACACUAGGGAUGGGCGAUACUGCAAAUGUUGGUGCUGAUUUGAUGCCUCGUAAAGACAGGGCCGGUAUCGCCAAUACCAAUUACUUGAAAACCUCUCAAUUUGAUUUGCCUUUAAUUUUUUAAUCAUGAAUAUUAUGAGAAUAAAAAAACAGGGCAAAGAUUUUAGGCCCAAAAUUAUUGAUAAAAUAUGUAAAUAAUUUAACAAUAUGUAAAUACACUAUAAGACAAUGUAAUAUAUCACAUAUUAUUUGUAUUUUAAAUGUAUAUAUAUUAAAAAAUGUACAUAGAUUAUUUAUUUAUAAUUUUUUUAAAUAAUACUUUUAGAAUAAUACAAUUGGCUCUCAUUUAGAUCCCAACCCAAGAGUGUCAAACGUACGACCCGGUCCGCGAACAGGUUUUAUCUGGCCCGCGGGAUGAGUUUGCAAAGUAUAAAAAUGAGCCAAAAUUUUUGAAUGAAAGAAACUGCUGUUCUAAAUGUGUCCACUAGAUGUCGCAAUAACAAUUAUUUGUAUCUUUGUAGAUUAUGCUGCAUAUGAAAAAAUAAAUAAAUAAACCACAUGAUGUUAGUCCACCAGUCGAGGAAAAUGAGCAAAUUACAUAAAUAAUUAUCCUGUAAUUUGAUUUUGAUAUCAUUUUUUUAAUCUUGAUAGAUUAAAAAUGAACACCAACGAGUUGACUGAUGAACAUUAUCACAUAAUUUAAUCAGAAAGCAUAAAUAACGACAAAUAAAGACAGAAUACUAUUAAUCGCAACAUGUAAGUGUAAAAAAAAAAAAACAACAACAUUAUGAUUUGUACAAUUUUAGAAUGUGCUUGGUCUGUUUUUAUACAAAGAAAACAAUCUGAAGUUGUCUUUAUUUUUAAGUUAUCGUGCCGUGAUUUUACCAGUCUUGCCCACUUGGGGGUAGAUUUUUCUCCUUGUGGCCCCCCAUCUAAAAUGAGUUUGACACCCCUGUCCUAACCCAAAGUCCUCCUGUGGCCUAAGAAUGUAUUACCUGAGUUUGUAAACAACAUAAUAAUAUAUCAAUAUCAACAAUGUAACAAACAAUACAACAAAAAAAACAUUUGUGGAAAAAAAUCGAAAAAAACUACAAAUUAUAGACCCUUGGUAUCAAUACCGUUGUUCUGUUACAACUAAAAGUUGUAAACUCUUGUUGUUGAAGUGUGUUGUGCUUAUUGCUUGUUAUUUAAUAAACAUUAUUACAUGUGUAUUUGUCGCCAUCAUGUGGUCAGGGCAGUUACUACAUCUUUGAGAUGUCUGUACUUUAAAAUCAAACUUUACUAAUCGGAAGUUGCAUAAGCCAAGCAGAUAAAUCUAUGGUGCCAGCACGUACUUUAUGGUGGUUAUUUUCGAAGAAAUACUGCAUAUAUCUUUUGUUCAAGGCUGCAUCGCCGGUAUGUAUCAUAAGUUGAACUUUGAAACUUGGUUUUUGUCUAAAAUAUUUCUAGCUAAAUUUACGAUUUGUAUUGAGAUCUUUGUCAUGCUCAUUAUCGAUAAUUUGCGAUGUCAUCUAAGAUGGCGUCGUAGUA